AUGGCCACACUUGACGAAACCGAUUUCGAUGUCAUUGUCCUCGGUACAGGUUUACCUGAAUCCAUCACGGCUGGCGCAUUGGCACGUGCAGGCAAAAAGGUGUUGCAUAUUGACAGCAGCGAGCUUUAUGGUGGCAACUGGAGCGUAUACGACAUAAAGAAUAUGCUCAAAUGGGUGGAGCGUUUCAACCAAGCAUCAGGGGAAGCUGAGGAACCCAAUAGUAGUAACAGCGACAAUGAAGCGACCAUCCAAUACACAUCCAGCUAUUUAGCCAACUAUCGCAAUGUCACAGCUCGCGUGGGAAAGGAUCAACAAGAAGAAGAGAUAUCAACUGAAGAUUUGGACAAGGUGUUAUCAUCCGAUUUCCUUGAGUCGAUAGCUCCAGAUGCAUCAUCCAAGCAAACGCUCGCCAAAAUGCUCAAAAAGUCACGUUCUUACAAUUUGGAUUUGGCGCCCAAGCUUUUGUCUUGCAAGAGUGAACUGGUAGAGGUGUUGAUUCGUAGCGGUGUGGGCCGUUAUCUCGAAUUCAAAGGAGUGGAUGAAUUGUGUCUAUUCCAGAAUGGCAAACUUGAAAGGGUACCUAGCUCCAAGGAAGAUGUAUUCAACAACCAAGCCAUUAGCCUGAUUGAUAAGCGCAAGCUGAUGCGUUUUCUUACGUAUGCCGUUGAUUAUCAAGAGAAGCCCGAGGUGAUGGAAGGGUUCGCUGACAAGCCAUACAGUCAAUUCCUCGAAGACAAGUUUAAAAUUUCCGGUCAAUUACGGGAAGCUAUCAUUUAUGCCAUUGCUAUUGCUGAUGCUCAAGUCGAUACAAGGACUGCUUUGGAAAGGACACAGACAUUCGUAAGGUCAAUGGGAAGAUUCACAAAGGGUGGUUACUUGUGUCCGCUUUAUGGUGGUGCUAGCGAAAUAGCUCAAGCGUUUUGCCGUGUAUGUGCCGUGUUUGGAGGCAUUUAUAUCUUGAACCAACAGCUCGCUUCGUUUACAAUGGAGGAGGGUCGAUGUACCGGUAUUGUCACGCAAGAUGGCCAAAAGUUCAAUAGCGAAUGGAUUAUCUCCGGUCUCGACUACUUGAACAAGCAAUGGCUUCCAAACAAGAACGAAUACGAAUCAUGGGUAUCACGAGCCGUCAUUGUGAGCGACAAACCUUUAGUAUCCUUGGAGGAAGAAGCCUUAUGCUACAGCGUGUUUCCACCUGGUAGUGCUGCUGGUAAUCAAGAUGCGCCGAUCUAUGUGAUUCAUCAAAGUGCAGAAACUAUGGCGUGUCCUAAAGGAGAAUAUGUAACCUAUCUCUGGAAAGUGGGUGACAACGAUGCCAGCUCUGAGCUGCAGGCUGCAGUGGAUUUGCUUGUCCCUGAAGAUGGUCAUGUUAAGCUUUCAGUGUUCUAUCAACAACGUUGUCGACAAGUGGAUUUGGAUUCCCAGAAUUGGCAUCUACCCGCCAAUGUGAUACCAUGCAGUGAUCCAAACGGCUCUCUCGAUUUUAACGAUGCCAGCAAUGAAGCUACAGCUGCCUUUUUCAAAUGUGUACCCGCUGAUACACCCUUUAUGCCAGCACAAGAAGAAGAGGAAGCGGUUGAGGAUGAUUAUUAG